AUGCGUGGCUGGGAGGACCUUUACCCGCUCCCAGUGCCGCCCGCCUGGGUACCGGGAGCUGCUGUCGGGAUUCUUUCCUUGCACUUCAUCCAGAAACUCCUCUUCCCCUACUUCUGGGCAGACCUGGGAUACCUGCUCAAAGUGUUGACCUAUGGGCUGAGGAUGGAGAUGUACCGGCUGCAAGGAAGGGUUGUCACCGUCCUGGACAAGUUCGUGACGCUGGCGGAGAAGCAGCCCCACAAACCGUUCCUCAUCUACGAAGGGACCGUUCACACCUACAGGGAUGUGGACCGGAGGAGUAACAGGAUAGCACAGGUCUUCCUGCAGCACGAGGCUCUGAAGAAGGGAGACACGGUGGCCUUGCUGAUGGGGAACGAGCCAGACUUCAUACACGUGUGGUUCGGACUGGCCAAGUUGGGCUGUGUGGUGGCGUUCCUCAACUUCAAUGUCCGCUUCAGAUCUCUCCUGCACUGUGUCAGUAGCUGUGAGCCCAAGAUACUGGUUGUGGGAGCAGAUUUGCUUGGGACGUUGGAAGAAAUACUUCCUAAACUUCAAAAAGAUGUUAGUGUUUGGAUAAUGGCCAAGGAUUCCAGGUUUCCAGGUGUGCAUACCCUUUUAGACAAAAUAGAAGUUGCAUCUGAAGACCCUGUUCCAGUUAAUCGAUGCACUGCCAAGAACCUCAAGUCAGCUGUUUUAUACAUAUUUACUUCGGGAACUACAGGUCUUCCAAAGGCAGCAGUCAUUAGUCAUUUACAGAUUCUUAAAGGAGCUGCUGGACUGUGGGCUUUUGGUGCUACUUCAGAAGAUAUCAUUUAUAUUACUCUGCCUCUUUAUCACAGUGCAGCUUCUCUUCUUGGCAUUGGUGGAUGCAUUGAACUGGGUGCAACCUGUGUGUUAAAAAAGAAGUUCUCAGCUAGUCAGUUCUGGAGUGACUGCAGAAGGUACAACGUGACUGUCAUCCAGUACAUUGGAGAACUCUGCCGUUACCUUUGCAAUCAGCCAGUGAAGGAAGGAGAAAAAAAUCACAAAGUCCGACUAGCAGUUGGAAAUGGAGUAAGAAAUGAUGUAUGGAGGGAAUUUUUAGACAGAUUUGGUGCUGUUAAGAUCUGUGAGUUCUAUGGUGCUACUGAAGGAAACAUUUGUUUCAUGAACCACACAGGAAAAGUUGGAUCUGUUGGACGCACCAAUUUCUUUUAUAAGCUUUUUUUCCCAUUUGAUUUAAUCAAGUAUGAUUUCCAAAAAGAUGAACCAAUUAGAAAUAAGCAUGGUUGGUGUGAAAAAGUUAAGAAAGGUGAGGCUGGUCUUCUGAUUUCCAAAGUCAAUGCGAAGAACCCCUUCUUUGGUUAUGCUGGCAGUAAAAGACACACAGAAAAGAAAUUACUCUGUGAGGUAUUUAAGAAGGGAGAUCUUUAUUUUAAUACUGGAGAUAUAAUGGUUCAAGACCAUGACAAUUUUCUAUAUUUUUGGGACAGGAUUGGAGAUACCUUCAGAUGGAAAGGGGAGAACGUUGCCACUACAGAAGUUUCUGAUGUCAUUGUAAUGCUGGACUUCAUUCAAGAAGCAAAUGUGUAUGGUGUGUCUGUGCCAGAUCAUGAAGGAAAAGCAGGAAUGGCUUCUCUUAUUUUAAAGCACAAUGCAUCAUUAGACUUGGAGCAAAUGUAUAAGCAAGUAGUGACCUAUCUACCAAGUUAUGCUUGUCCCCUUUUCUUAAGAAUCCAGGAAAAAAUGGAAAUGACGGGAACAUUCAAACAACAAAAAUUUCGACUUGUGGAUGAAGGUUUUAAUCCAUCUACAAUUACUGAUCCUCUUUAUUUUUUAGAUAAUUCUAAGAAAGCAUAUGUCUUGUUAACCAAAGAAUUACAUGAGAAGAUCUUAUCUGGGAAAAUGAAGCUUUAAUUAAUUGACCAUAUCAUAGGCUAUUAAGGGACAGUCUAUACAAGCUAUUUUAUGAGAGAACAAUGCAAUUAAUUACCAGUAUUUAUACAUAGUUAUUCAGAAUAAUCCUUUUUAUAUUUGAUAUUUACAUUCUUGCAUAUUUACUCACUUGAUCAUUUUUUUUCACUAAUCACUUUUUAACUCUUGAGACAAAUUUCUGAGCAAAUAACCUAUAUAACAUAACUGAAAUCUAUUUUAUAUUAACUUUGGAAUACAAAUGCUGAAUCUGAUACUUUUUCAUAGUACUAAAGGAAAUAAAUGAUACAUGGUAUGACACAUGGUAAAAAAAGAAUCAGCAUAUAAAAAUACCGUGUCACAUGUUGAGUCUAAAGGGAGUAACAUUUUUUUCCAUGGUUUUCAUACUUCUGAAUAUGUAUU